UAUUUUGACCUUGGCCGUCUUUGUCUCUCACGACUCGCCUCAUCGGCUUUGCUCCGUAACGCCUCCUCCUAAGCCAUCUCAUCGAGCCUAACGUCAUUUCACUUCUUUUUUCCUUCCCCUUGCCGUAGGCUCCACCCUUUUCUUGACAGGCCCACGGGUUGCAGAUCAUGAUCUAGAUUCUAAGAGCCGCCAAGCCUUCUCGUCGUUCCUCAACCCUCAUGGCUUCAGGAGAACUGAAUCAGGACGGGCAGCAGCAGCCGCAGCAGCAGCAGCAGCAGCAGCAUAAAGAAGCUCCCCGUCCCGUAUCCUCUUCUGAGCCUCCUCCACCCAUCACUACCGGCUCUCGUUACGGCUUCUCCCAGUUCUUUGACGGAAUCGGUCUCUCCCGCGACAGCUUAGCCUUCAACGUCCCCUCGCUCCAGCAAGUCGCCCUCUGGUUCCAGGCCGCCGCCAGCAUGUCUCUCAUCAACGUCGACCUCCUCGCCCUCGCCACCGGCGGCGCCGGCUACCUUGCCUCCAUCAACGCCGCCAACCUCAGCACGCCGGCCAUCUCGCUGCUGGCGUACCAGCCCUCCUUCGCCGACAUCAUCGGCACCAACGCCACGGCCCGCAAGAUCGCCGACCUCGACUGGCAGGCCUUCCACGAGGGCGGCGUCUACAACAAGCGGGACAACACCAUGUACAUCUCGUCCAACUACCAGUCCCUCGCCGACAACAUCAACAUCACCGUCCUCUCUCUCGACGACCUCUCCGUCCGCAGCACCCAGUUCCCUGACCUCGCCGAAGCCAACGGCGGCUCCUCUUACUACCCGCCCGGCGCUGACCAGUCCGCCCCGCCGCCCAUGCAGGUCUGGUGCGACCAGGGCGACUUUGACGCCUACUCCAAGCUGCUCGCCGUCGACGUCAACACCAACAAGACGGAGCCCCUCAUCAUCGGCUUCAACGGCCGCAACUUCAGCGCCGUCAACGACGUGAGGCAGCACCCCGUCACCGGCGACCUCUGGUUCACCGACGCCGAGUACGGCUUCUACCAGCACUUCCGCCCCGCCUCCCAGGUGCCCAGGCACGUCUACCGCUUCGAGCCCGCCACCGGCGUCGUCCAGGUCGUCGCCGACGGCAUCCAGCAGCCCAACGGCAUCGAGUUCUCCCCGGACUACAAGACCCUCUACGUCUCCGACACGGGCGCCCAGCGCUUCGACGCGAACCUCACCGGAUCGGCCACCAUCUACGCCUACGACAUCGUCGGCGACAAGAGGCUCGCCAACCGCCGCGUCUUCGCCUACGCCGACUCCGGCUUCCCCGACGGCGUCCACACCGACACGGAUGGCAACGUCUGGGGCGGCUGCGGCGACGGCGUCCACAUCUGGAACCCGGACGGCAUCCUGCUUGGCAAGAUCCACCUCGGUGAGACCUCCAACAACUUCGCCUUCGCCCCGGGCAAGGUCUUUGUCUUCUCCAACUACCGCCUGUGGGUCGUCGAGGGCAUCAACGCCCUCGGCCGGGAGGUCUGCAAGGACUUUGGCGCCGACAGCGACGCGAGAUGCCGCAAGUAGAAGGUCGUGACGGCAGCGGGCAUGGCGUGGCGUUAGGAUUAGUCAUUUAUAUUAGAUACCAAUUCACCGUUCCAAGCACCAGGGCACGUCAGGGGAUGGAGAGGAGUGUAAAAUGCCCCCUAACGACGAUGACUUUUUCUUUCCACCAUGGUUGGCCGUGACGGCUAGGUUGAUGUGAUACCUGGUGUUCUGCGACUCGAAGGCUGUCUUCAUUUCCUGUCCAUCCCCCACCCCCACAUGUUUUUUUCUGUGUUGGGAGGCAUCGCUUGGACUUCUGUCCCCGAACACGGUUGUGACAAUGGUCAACUUUUCUCGACCGGUUAUCUCACAUGGCUUUUGUGGCCAUCUGUGCGGGUAAGGAGCCAUCCAGCUCAAUUAUGAAACCAGAAGGCAAAGAGAUGCUCAAAAGAAAGAAAUUCUACUCGUGACGGUUGUCAGAAAAGAGAUCUGUUGCCAUAUCAACUUGAAUGUU